AGCUGGGGUAACAAGGACCUUUAAACAGAGCCACGAGCGUUUCAGGACGACGACGAGUCUUCCCUUCAGAGUUGAGCUAUUUUGGGUCUCCGCUUCCGGAGACUUGAAUGAGCUAUAACCCAAGAUGCCUCUAAACGAUGAGCGACCCACCUCCACAUCCAGCGGUGAGGACCAAGGCAGCGAUGUGGAGUCGUCGUCGGAGCGCUGUGACAGCAUGACUUCAACCAGCGACCUGGACUGUUCCCGUGAAAGCUUCACCAGCGACACCUCCAGCAAGCAUUGCACGCCCUCCUCAAGCCCACCCAAAACCUUAACCCUGGAUGAAGUCAUGGAGUCUGCCAGAGACCUGUCCAAUCUCAGCUUGGCCCGAGAGAUCAUUGUGAACCACAAUUUCCAUGUAGAGACAGACAGCCUACCUCAGGACAGCUUAUGGAAGGCAGUCAGAGAUAACCUCCACAAGGCCUUCUGGGACAUCCUGGAGUCCGAGCUGAACGAUGACCCGCCUGAGUAUGGACAAGCCAUCAGAUUACUGGAGGAGAUCAGAGAGAUUUUAUUGUCAUUCCUUAAUCCGGGCGCCAAUCGGAUGCGGACCCAGAUUAUGGAGGUGCUGGACAUGGACCUGAUUCGUCAGCAGGCUGACAACGACGCUGUAGACAUCCAAGGGCUUGCUUCUUACAUCAUCACCACCAUGGGCAAGAUGUGCGCACCGAUUAGGGACGAGGAAAUCAAGAAGCUGCGCGAAAGCUCAGAUAACAUCGUGACACUGUUCAGGGAGAUCUUCCGUGUGCUGGACCUGAUGAAAGCGGACGUAGUCAACUUAACGAUCAAUAUUAUGAGGCCUGUGCUGCAGAGGCAGGGUGUCGAAUAUGAGAGGGCAACGUUUCAGAGCAUCCUGGACAAAACACCCAAUGCUUUGAAGCACACCACCUCGUGGAUCAAGUCAGCACUGGAGGAGCUGUUGGCCAUUACCCCCAAAGACGGUCUGGAGAAAGGAGAGCGACUGGUGCCUGGGCCCUUUCAGGUCCUCAACACUGCCUUCCUACGCAUCCUUACAUGGGAGUACGACAAGAGCCCACUGCCUGAGACCUGGAUGACUGAUGAGACACGUCUGCGAGAGAUUCAGUUGCAGCUCCAGCGGUGUCAGGCGGUGAACGAGGUGCUGCUCAUUAUCUACAGCACCAUCGGAGGGCCUAUCCAGGGUCUGUCCUCGCUGUCUGACCGCCUGAAGAAGAUGAUUAGUGUGCUGCUGGAUGGGAUGCACGGCCGGCUGGUGGUGGUGGUGUAA